AAUUCACAUUAGUAAACCGCAGAUGUUAUGAAGAAGGAGAUCAAAGGUUGUAUCGGACCACAUACAUCAAUAGUAGCGGUGAACCACUCUUGAUAUCCUCCAAAAUGCUUUAGUGAAUAUUAUUGUAUAUAUCGCAAGCAUUGCCGAGUUGGAUGAUUGGCAUAAGAUCAAGCGUAAAUUCGACUUGAUUUAGUUGGUCAACUACUUUCUAAAUGUUCAGUAUGAAGCCUUGGUAUGACGAAUGAGGAGAUUAAAACCAGAAAUUAAAGUGACCAGUGACUUUAAGUCACCGUUUGAAGAGAUUGGACUGUUGGAUAAUAAUAGACAACUAAAUCUUGAAGAUAGAUUAAUAUAUGUGCGUAAAGUCACCAACCAUGCUAUUACAAAGUUUUAUUGUAGAUAGAUGACAACAUAAUAAUUUACAGAUGAUGCCUCACAGCGACUCAAUGAUUUUUCAUCGACAUAAACGUUAUGGAUUGUCCAAAUUAAGAACCAAGGAAUUUUUCUUGAAAUUAGGCUUGUGGAAACUAGAUACACAUAUAAAUAGAUAUCUAAAUAGGAAUAUAUUGAGGCAUAUCAACAGGUAUCUCAUGGCAUAUAUAUAUAUCUAUAAACCCUUGAGAAGAAAAUAAAGAAUGUUUGUAAUUGAGUGAAAUAACAUCACUCGAACUUAAAUUCAUUCCCAAAGAUAAAAAUGUCUAACUAUAUGAGCCAUAGCUAAUAAAAUUGGCGCCUCAAUUAGCCAAUCUUAAACAUUUUGCAAUCACGAUUCGCCGCAUUGAAAUAGAUAAAUUCAUUAACAAGUUAAAUUCAUAUUUCCUUGAGAACUUGUAUAUUAUGAUAAAAGUGAGCCUCACGUAUCAUGAUGGCCCCAGUCUCUUUGAUAUCAUCCUCAGUCAGGAAAAAUCAUUAACAAGGCACUACUUUGGGACUGGUGGCACCGAGAACCUCAAAGUUUAU